UCUAUUUGUAGUUUAGUCUUGGGUGCAGAUCCUGUCUGAGAUGGUCAGCUAAGGUUCUUCCUUUCUGCUGUAUGUUACUUUUCAGCACAUCCUUUCUACGAUAAGCUGCUCGCAAUACUCCAAGUGAAACUUCACCAGUGCUUUGUAACCUGACCUGUUUGUAUGUUGGAGUUACAAAAACGUGUGGAAGGGGACCACAGAAAUGGAUGCGAUUGGUCGGAAUGGGAAGAGCAGCCGCCAGCUCGCCUCACCGAUUGGAUGGAGCAUGGCUAAAACUGGCAAAAGCUUGCCACUUGUUCAAAGUCUACACAUUUACCUGAGCAACACAAUAAAAAUUGGUGUAUUGGUGGCAGUGGUUCUUUUUUUCCUGAUAUCAAUGAUAAUUCUGGGAUGGCAGAUCUACCUCUACCACAAACAUACAAGAGCAAAGAAAUCAACAGAUACAAAGAUUAAACCCAAGAAAAAAUAUACAGAAAAGAGCAACUUGUCAACACCAAAUAACUCUUCAGACUUUCUGGCUAAAUCAGAUAAAGAUGAGUAUUCGGACAUGAAACUACACGAUUACAAGGUAUACAAGCUCCAAGAGAGUAUACAAAAGCUAAAUCAUUAUCUUCAAAGUUCUUCUGAUCGUCUUAAACUGAUACAAUCAAAUGAAGAUCUUGUUGCUGAAUCAAAUUAUGAGCUUACAGGAAAAUUAAAAUUUUCUCUAUCAUACGAUAAAAUACAAUCAAAGCUACAACUGACAAUUUUACAAGCAUUUAAUGUUCCUGCUCGACAUGCCAAACGGACUACGGACUCCUUCAUUCGAACAAAGCUAUUCAUCAGCUUACUUCAGUACCAAUGUAUUCUUCAUCAAUGGGACACAAAAAUUGUGAAAAACACCAGUUAUCCCUGUUUUGGAGACCACUUUACCUGUUCUGUUGAAAGUGAUGUCAGCAAGAAAGCUACUUUAAAACUUCAGGUCUGGGAUUUUGACAAAUACUCACGAUGUGAUGCAUUAGGGGAAGUAAGGAUAUCAUUGAGCAACUUGGAUUUAUCAAAUACAAUGGAAUUCUGUGAAGACUUACAGAGUGUUCAAAAGGAGGUCAUUGGAGAAAUAUUUGUAUCUCUUAAAUAUCUUCCAACAGCCCAAAAAUUAGAAGUUGGACUACUGAAGUUGAAAAUUGGUUGCCUGAGCAACAAUCAAAAUACAGAUAUUUAUAUAAGAGUAGAUUUUUACGUCAAUCAACACAAGCUGAAGCACCAGAAAACACCAGCAAAACCAAAGUCUGAAGUAACUGUAUUUAAUGAGGUGAUAUUUUUCACUGUAUCAGACACUGUUAUUAAUCAGUCCAUGAUUAUAACUUCUGUGUAUGAAAUUUCACUUGCCAACGACAGUAGAAAGCAGCUGUUAGGCCGUGCGUACAUAGGGAGGAAGAGGUCCAAAGAGAAGGAUCACUGGCAGUCCAUGUUGCAGUCGUUGCGACAACCGGUGUCAGAGUGGCAUCCGCUUUUAAUCUAAGCACAUCCUCUAACCAGCGUCGAUUGCAAUGUAGCAGUGGAUACCUGAAGCACUGUAUUCUCUGGCAACCCUACUGUGUGUAAUAUAUCAUUCUGGAAGAACCCUGCUUCAGUUGAAAUGUUCUCAAAUUCUCAUAAAAGCUGAAAGAAUUGAAAGAUUAAUUUUGAAUCACAGAACAAAAUAGAAGAUUGAGAUUAUAAUGGCAUUUGCAAUAAUUAAUAAUGGCACAAGGACAUUCCAGCAUUCUCCCCACACAUUAAUGGAGCUGGUUAUUGCAGUUUGCUGGGCCAGCCCAAAGUACAUACAAAGCAAAAGCAGAAAAGCCUCCUAUCUAUUAUGUUACUAAUGGAACCUCAACAUUUCACAAUUCUUAAUUGUGGAACCUCAGCAUUUCACAAUUCUUAAUUAGGUUUUAAGAAUACAAUUUAUCAUAGAACCAUAGAACACUACGGCACAGUACAGGCCCUCCAGCCCUCCAUGUUGUGCCGACCCAUAUAAUCCUUUAAAAAAAGUACUAAACCCACACUACCCCAUAACCCUUUAUUUUUCUUUCAUCCAUGCGCCUGUCCAAGAGGCUCUUAAAUACCCCUAAUGUCUUAGCCUCCACCACCAUCCCUGGCAAGUCAUUCCAGGCACUCACAACCCUCUGUGUAAAAUAACUUACCCCUGAUGUCUCCCCUAAACUUCCCUCCCUUAAUUUUGUACAUAUGCCCUCUGGUGUUUGCUAUUGGUGCCCUGGGAAACAGGUACUGACUAUCCACCCUAUCUGUGCCUCUCAUAAUCUUGUAGACCUCUAUCAAGUCCCCUCUCAUUCUUCUACGCUCCAAAGAGAAAAGACCCAGCUCUGCUAACCUUGCUUCAUAUGACUUGUUCUCCAAUCCAGGCAACAUCCUGGUAAAUCUCCUCUGCACCCUCUCCAUAGCUUCCACAUUCUUCCGAAAAUGAGGUGACCAGAAUUGAACACAAUACUAAGUAUUCUUUUGAGUAUUCCUUUGAAAGUUAAGAGCCACGGGUUGGCCCCAUGAGAUGUGGGAACAUUCAUAGUAGAUAAGCCUAUCAACAAAGUCUCAUAUUGUCUGCACCUACCAUCAUCAAUGAAGAUUUAUCCAAUGUUCCAUGUUUCCCAACUCAAGCCAGUGAUUCCUCUCUCCUUGCCCCAGUCACGCCCCUCCUCCUCCCCUCUUGGUGGAUGGGUUCCUGGCCGAUUUUGUGUGGCCCCUCCUAGUAUCUUGCUGGGUGUGGGGGCACAGUGCAGUACCUCAUGGAAUGGGAGGGGUAUGGCCCUGAAAUGUUCUUGGGAUCUGGCUCAGGGUAUCCUGGACAAGUCCCUCAUCCAGGACCUCCAGUGGGCACAGGUCACUGGCACCUCAUGACCUGUGCCUAGGGAGGGGGGCCCUGUCACAACAACGGACUCUACCGUGGUGUCUGGGCACCACACAGAUGGGCUGCUGAAUGGAGUCAGCCAUCACACUUGUGAGUAGGCAUGUUCCAGCCGAUUAGUGUUUCAUUGUGAUGGUAUUUACCUCCCUUCCUCUCAUUUCAGUCUUGUUGAGUCUUGACCAAAAAGACAGCAACGUCAACACUCCCUUUGUCCUUGAUCUGGGGAAGAAGAUGCUGUGAAGGAGCGGUAUUUAUUUAGUGUUAAGAUACAGAUAUAAUGAUGUUAAGAUUCUUCCUAUAAUGAGGUGACCAGAAUUGAACACAAUACUCUAAGUGCGGUCUCACCAGGGAUUUGUGGAGUUGCAACGUGACCUCUCUACUCUUGAACUCAAUCUCCCAUUAAUGAAGCCUAGAAUCCCAUAGGCCUUCUGAACUACCCUUUCAACCUGCGCAGCGACCUUGAGGGAUGUAUGGAUUUGAACCCCAAAGUCCCUUUGUUAAUCCACACUCUUAAGCAACUGACCAUUAAUCCUGUACUCAGUCUUCUGGUUUGUCCUUCCAAAAUGCAUCACCUCACACUUGUACGGAUUGAACUCCAUCUGCCAUUUUUCUGCCCAACUCUGCAGCCUGACUAUAUCCUCUUGUAACCUUCGACAACCUGCAGCUCCAUCCACAAUGACUCCAAUCUUUGUGUCAUACGCAAACUUACUCACCCAUCCUUCUGCAUUUAUAUCCAGGUCAUUUAUAAAAAUCACAAAUAGCAGGGGUCCCAGGUGUGGUGAACUACGUGUGCCUGUCUGGACACGCCCCCUGCUGACUGCUCCAUGGUGAAAGCUGAUAAAAUACAUUUUUUAUAAAGGUCAACUUUCCUAAAUUAAUGCAAAACUCAUCAAGAAUAUUUACUCCAAAGAGGUUCUACCUGAGAUGUUUCAGCUGUGCUUUAGUUGCAAGGAGUUAAUUCUCCCAACAUCCUAACUGGAACUUACCAUUAUUGAAAAAGUUCAAUGAAAUUUGCUAAAGACGCUAUGGCUGUUUGUUUUUUGCAGUCCUUGAAAUAGUUUGAAUGCUCAUUUAUUUGUUCAGAGUCAUACAUCUUUGGAAAAAUAUCCUCAAAAAUAGCUACAGAAAUUAUUUGGUGUUUGGGGCUUCCAUUUAUUUGUAAGAAAUUAGUACAUUAAAAUGCAAAGCAACACAAAAUGCUGAAGGAACUCAGGCAACACAAAUAGUCGAUGUUUCAA